UAAUUCGUUUUAAAUUUGGUUGAGACGAAACAGGACCGUACUGCAACAAUUUGGAUACGAUACCCUGUGUAUGCUUCCAUCGAAGCUGAAUAAAUUCUCAAGCUAUUCAAAGUGAGAGCUACAUGCCGUUUUGAAAUAAUGGGUUUUUGUUGGUCCAAGUUCUUAAGUUGCAUCGGCCGCAAUGUUUCAUCGGAUGAAAAUGAAUCUGUUCAUUCACCAAACGAGUUUCACAACAUAAGGAAAACUGUGCAAAUUCAUACGAUACCUGAUCGUCCGGCUCCAAUGUUGCCACACAAUGAGGAAGUUUUUAUAGCUUUAUACGACUACAAUGCGCGUACUGCUGAUGAUCUAAGCUUCCGAAAAGGAGACACAUUGUAUAUUCUUGACCGAAGUCAAGGAGAUUGGUGGAAAGCGAGAUUAUUAACUCAAAAUCAAACCAAUAGUUGGGAAGGAUUCGUUCCUUCAAAUUACGUCGCGAAAUAUUCUUCUCUUGAUUCACAACAAUGGUACUUUGGCAAAAUUAAACGGGCAGAAGCCGAGAGGUUACUGCUCAUGCAUCAUAAUACUAACGGAUCAUUCGUGAUAAGGAAUAGUGAAACACGACCAGAUGAAUUCUCCUUGAGUGUACGUCACAUGGGUGAAGCAAAGCAUUACAGAAUACGAAAAAUUGAUGAUGGUGGUUUUUAUAUUGCUCGACGAUGUGUGUUUUCUCAUCUAAACGAAAUGGUUGAGCAUUACCAAGCAAACAGCGAUGGUUUAUGUAUAAAGCUAAGCAGUCCGUGUAAAAAACUUGAGAUCCCACAAACAGCAGGUUUGUCUCACGACCUUGCUGAUAAAUGGGAGAUUGACCGUAAAUCUAUUGAACUGAAAAAUAAAUUGGGUGAGGGUCAGUUUGGUGAAGUAUAUGAAGGAUUAUGGAACAGAACAACCAAAGUCGCAGUCAAAACACUAAAACUUGGUUCAAUGGAUAAAGCAGAGUUUUUACGAGAAGCUCAACUUAUGAAAAAACUUCGACAUCAAAAACUUGUUCAACUUUACGCUGUGUGUUCGCGUUCGGAACCAGUUUAUAUUAUCACUGAGCUAAUGUGCAACGGAGCACUUAACUCAUAUUUACAAGGUAAAGGCAAGGACCUGCAGAUUCCCACUUUAAUAGACAUGGCAGCGCAAAUAGCUGCAGGGAUGGCUUACUUGGAAACAAGCAACUAUAUUCACCGUGAUCUUGCAGCCAGAAAUAUCCUUGUUGGAAUGAACAAUAUUUGUAAAGUUGCAGAUUUUGGUCUGGCAAGAGUUACACAGAAUGAGAUUUACGAGACAAAAGAAGGAACAAAGUUUCCAAUCAAAUGGACGGCACCUGAAGCUGCUACAAUGCAACAAUUUACCAUCAAGUCAGAUGUUUGGUCAUUUGGUAUUUUACUCACGGAAUUAGUUGGAAAAGGCAGAAUGCCUUACCCAGGUAUGACAAACCGUGAAACAUUGGAGCAAGUAGAGCGUGGGUACAGAAUGCCCAAGUUACAUGGCUGUCCUGAUCAACUUUAUGAAAUUAUGUUGGCUUGUUGGGACAGGGAUCGGGAAAAACGUCCAUCUUUUGAAACUCUACAGUGGAAAUUAGAAGAAUUUUACUUUGUAGAUGACGGGAUAUACAGGGAGUCAGACUAUAUACAAUAAUGGCGUAGGCAGUAGUUCAGCCAGAAAACUUCUAAUGGCCCCCCUUUUUAAAAAAAAUAAUUAAAUAAAAUUUAAAAAAAAAACUAAAAAAAUGAUUUAUUUUUGAAAAAUUACCUUUUUUUUCCUGGCUGCGCCAUUUUUUUGCAGGUCAAACUUUUGCAGUGAUAAAACUUUUCAGGGUAAUGGAGAUUCUUGGAUAAAAUAAUUUAAAUCAAUUUCUUACAUGCAGCCAAAACGAUUAUGUCACAUUGUUUUAUCAUUGCUGCUUGGGAAUUUAUUUUAUAAAUGCCACAUUCCAGUAUUUUAAAGUAAAGUGUACUGUGGCCUUAAAUUCCAAUAGCAUUGUUAUUUUUACCAAAAUUUUUCAAAACCUAAUGUUAGUAACUUUUUAAUUUGACGAUACUAUUUCUUUGUAAUUCAUUUCUAUAUGCAUAGCUUCUCACAAAGUACCUUUUAAAAUAGUGAGAUUUUUUAGUGCCAAUCUUAAUGAUAUAUUUGUUUGGAUUCAUAUAUUUCAGUAAUUUUUUACAUGACAUCUUGUACAAUUAAAUGAAAUUUUAGUUUCAUACAUUUUUACCCGUUACAUUAUUAUAUUGUAUAUUUGCUAUCACUUUAUUUUCCUGAAUACGUUUAUUAUUUUAUCAUUUUAAUUACGCUUGUUCUGUGUUCGUUAUCAUGGUGCCUUUCUUCAUUACCUUAAAAUUCAAUGUUGCAAUGUGAAACUCGUGUUAUGCGUUUUAUUUUUACCAUGAUGCUUGAAAUUGUGAAACAGCAGUGAAAUUGUGUUUUAAACAGUUGUUGAAUAAACUGUUGUUUCUUCCUC